AUGCAGGACUUCAACCACUUUCACCAGGUCUUUAAGCCUGAGUGGGGAUCGCCAUACACUCAAGAUUUUCUUCGAGAAAUCGAUGUUUACCGAAAGAGCCUCAAUGGCGUCCUCUUCAUCGACCGCGUCCUGAGGUCUGUCGGCGUCACCAAAGCCAGGUCAUACCCUCCCAAGGGCGACAAUGGCCUUUAUCAACUUCACUACCAGGUCUGCGAAAGUGAUCAUUCAGACCACCAGAAGCUCUCCGUCUUCUACUACAUGCUCCUCGACUUCAACGAGCACCUUGGGCUGCAGAGUCGUAUCAACUUCGCCGAAGUGUUCGCCUCGAGAUUUGGGCUGCCGAAGAAGUACGAGAUUUUUAUGAGAGGGCUAUGGCACUUGGACCGCCAGCAAUUCAGCCACGCGCUCCAAGAUCUCGCACACCCCUCGCUCUCACCCGAAUUCGCGGACGACAUCAUUACAGUUCUCGUCAAGAACGCUGAGGAAAACGACUACUCCCUCGCCCUCGCCUAUUACCAUGCCGUCCAACCCGUUCUUCGCAAGCCUGAGUCUCUGUCACUUCUUUUCGGAGCUCUGGCAAGGACGAGUCUCACCGAAGCCUUUUACUUCUCCCGGGCACACCCCGAGCAGACCAGACAGCUCCUUUUUGAGCAAUUAAUUGCGUCAGUUCUCGAAGGAAGCGGCCACGAUGUCGCGACACGAGCUGCCGAGCUUGUCAGCCUGCCCCUGGACAGCGCCGAGGAGCAGUGGUUCCAGGAAUACCUUACUAAUGGAAAUGGAAGGAAGUUGAGAAAGGCGAAGGACACGGUACUCAUGCGGCGAGUCGUGACUGGCCGGCACGCUGAGAGCAUGGGCGACAGGAACCUCGGUGGACAAUGGAACGUCGUCCUGGGAGGCUUCAAAAGCGGGAUGGGCGGCCGUGUGGCAUGA